CUGUGUGUUUCUUGUUAUCAGUUUCUAAGAACAUGUUGUAAAGUGCUGCACAUACUGUGAUCAUGACUACUAUAUCUCCUCAGGGAGGUUCGGAGCUCAGAAUUGUGAUCUUAGGAAAUGAUGAAGAGAAUAAAGUGGUCAAAUCAGUCCUAAACUGUGAGAAACUGACAGGAGUGGAAGUUGGUCUCUGUACUUUACACCAGGGGGAACAAACAGGAAGGAAGAUCAGUGUUGUGGAAGCACCAGGAUGGGACAGACUCAGACCAGACAGGAUAAAAGAAGAAAUUGUCAGAAGCGUGUCGCUUUGUCCUCCAGGACCUCACGCUCUGCUUCUGGUCAUACCAGUGAAAACUACCUCUGGAGAUCCUUCUGUAGGUGAAAUUAAUGCAUCAGAGAUGCACAUGAGGUUACUGUCAGAGCGCGUCUGGAAACACACCAUCGUGGUGUUUGCUUGUGAUGAUGGAGUGGACCACCAAACAAUCCAAAAACACAUUCACAGCGCAGAGAAAAUCCUGGAAAAGUGUGGAAGACGAUCCCAUGUUCUUCAGAAAAGCACUUGUGAACCUCCCUCUCAGAUUCAUGAUCUUCUUAAGAAGAUAUACAGCCUGGUGAAGCAAAAUCAUGGUGGUUUCUUCAUACCACAAGCUUACUAUGAACUGAUUCAACAGAAGACACAAGAAGCAUCUGAGACUGAGCUCAGGAAGAGACGUGGAAGUAUGGACAGUCCUCCUAGCUAUAACAAAGACACAGGAGAUUCAGAGAAGAAAGAAUCUGUAGAGACUCCCAAACCUUCGGAAGACAAGCCAAAAAUCACCAUGGACUUCAAAACAAUAUCGUUGAUACUGUUUUUUGCAUUCGGAGCAGUUCUUGGAGCAGUUGCUGGAUCUGAAAGCGGAGUUUCAGGGGCUUGUUCUGGAUUAGUGUUUGGUGUCGUCCUAGCAGUUUUACUUGCAAGUUUCAUCGUGUACAUUUAUACUCACAUUUAUUCAAGUGCAUAUCCAAAGCAGCCUACACAAAGCUCAUCAUAAGCAACUCAAUCAUAAGCAGCUGUAAAGUUGAUCAAAUGCCAACUAUAGCUCAGACAUACAUGUUCCAACAGCGUAUUUUUUUACUAUUUUUAAGCAAUGGAUUUACAUAGUGCCUUGUGUAUAUAUAAUUUCUUGAAAACUGUGAAGGAUAAUUUGCGCAAGACUAGAGCCCCUUUCACACUGCCAUUCCGGCAAAUACACGUGUAAAGUGUUCCUGCAAUUGUUCCCGGGUCGCUAGAUUUUGCUCUUUCACACUGCCAGUGAUUACCCGGGAUAUGUGCGUGCUUUCACACACAACCCGUAAAGAUCCCGUAACAGCACGUGACAUCAGCGCGUGACGUGUAAUGUACGAGUCGAAAACGUUAGGCACGUUAUACUUUCACUGAAGCAAGCAAACGAUCUCGGCGUCAGCGUGGAAAGUGAGGAACAAACUGAUCUCUGCUUCAUUAGAGUUUGCACAUAUUUUUUCAUCACGAAUGUUGAUCUUCCUUCAAAACAGCCGGUAAAAGAGUCGCGCAAUUACGCACGUCAUCACUUCAACACGGCAUUUGAUCUGGCUUUUGUUCACACAGCGCUCGUCCCGGGUCGAACCCCGCAAUGUUACUAG